AUGGCGGCGCGGUCGUUGACCCCACGUUUUGGAGGGCGAGUGACGUCACAACUGACCUGCCUCAACGACCUUGAACGGAAAUUCGGUAGGGGCUUGACGUCUGUACGCGAUGUUGACUCAGUUGCGCGCGAGCUGUGCCCGUUGCCUGCACGCUCCUCGCUCGUCACUCACAAAACACACGGAAAACAACGAAAAUCCGCCGAAUGGACCUCGCCGGCGAGACGAUUCCCGCCGAAAUUGAUUCACGAACUUUGA